CCAACCUAUCGUCGGCCUCGUUGGUGGCCGAUGUCUCUCAACUCAAACACCGCGAACCCACAUCCCCAGGUCCACGGGAAUCUGGCUGCGACCAGACAUGCGAAAAAGGCAGGAUAGCUGGUCAUGGAUUAUCUUAAAUACCUCAGCUCCCCAGACAGAUAUUCAUCCUGAGUUUCAAUCUGAUAUCUUGUGUUUCUGCGUUUUCUCUCAUUUCCUUGGCAUCAAAGUAUUUUGAGAGAAUUUGAGAUUACGCAGAGCAAGAUGAUCUCGCCGAGAGCAGCUGUAUCUCUCUUAGCCCUUGGCUUUGUUGCCAAAGGUCAGCAGACAUCCUCAGUAUUGGCUUCAACCGCCGCCAAUACGCCGAGCAUAGCGACUGCGUCUGGAACUUUGCCAGCCUGCGCCCAAGUGAGCAGCAUUCAAGCUUCCUAUGCAUCAACUUCUCCGUCUGCAACCAUUGGACCUCUCCUCGCUGCCAGUCUCGCGCACGAUUGUGCUGCCUCCGUGCCUGUGGUCCAGGAAGAUGCCGUGAAGCUGAUCGAUGGGCUCGCCGCGAUGCUUGAAUUCCAGUCGACUCUAGAGUUCUUGGCUUCGCCCCCAGACGGAUAUCCCAUGGCCGCGGUUAACCUCACAGAAAAGCUGGCUGCACUGCGAAGCUCGGUGAAAUCUGGAGCAAUUCAAAAGGAGAUGGAGUUUGAAGGCAACCUUACCUUGAUUCUGGCGAGUGCUCAUGACGGCCAUUUGGCUUUUGUGCCCGACGGAUUGAGUAUCUUCAGCUACCAGUCGCAAUUCGGUCCUCUUGUUUCAGUUUCCAUGGAUGGAUCUCGGCUUCCUCGCAUUUAUUUUCUAGCUGACGUUCGAGAUUACCUAUCUGGUGGUCCAAACCCACCAGCGGUAGCCUCCAUCAACGGUGCCGACGCUGCUGAGUAUGCCUUGGCCAUUGGCAGCAACAAAAGUAUGAUUGGUGGUCCACAAGAUCCGGAUGCGAUCUACAAUAACUUCUUCUACUCUUUCAACAGCGGAGAGAACUCCGGCCCAAGCCUCGGGACUUUCACAGGGAUGUUGCUCUUCUAUCCUGGUCCGUCAACAUCACUCACAUAUGAGAAUGGCACCGGCGUGGAGAAGGACAAUUUCGCACUGGUGAAUGCAAACUUCACGGGCAUUGUGGAUGGUGACAGUUUCUAUCAAAAAUUCUUGAACGCUACCGAGAAAGAUGCCCGGUCAUCCGCGUCGGCCACAGCAUCAGUCGAGUCGGCAACACCCACUGCCACUGCAAGUGCGAGUGCCAGUGAUAGUGCCACUAAAAUCACACAAAUUGAUCACUACCCAACCCCCACUGUCAUCUCGGAGGAUGGUUCGCUAUCUGGGUAUGUCUUUGACGAUCCAGGGUUUGAAGACCUCGCUGUUUUGGCCCUCCGUCAAAUGUCUGAAACUGCAGCCUCGAGCUUCCAAAACUCUCUAACCGACUACCUUGAUAUUUGUCGUCAACAAAAGAAGAGAAAUCUCAUCAUAGACUUGUCGGGCAAUGGUGGAGGCAGCGUUGGACUUGGUUAUGAUACUUUCAAACAAUUAUUCCCUUCGUUGAUACCCUACGGUGCAUCGAAUUCUCGAGCCCACGAAGGGUUUGAGUUGCUCGGCAGAGUGAUCACGAAUCUGUCCACCGAGGCUCUGCACGAGCAGCCUGACAACUAUACCAAUUUUGGUGAUAUGGGUGGGACUACUGUCUUCGCCGCGGAGACAUACCUCAACGACUCCCUCCAGGCGUUUUCAUCUUUCGACGACUACUACGGCCCUGUCCAGGUCCCCGGCCACGGCCAGUCUACCAACUUGAAUCGUUACAAUCUCUCGGAUCCCGAGUACGAUGAAUCAUUCAGCGCGAUCGUAAUUUCUGGGUACGCCAACGAGAGCAACCUCGCUCCGCAGCCGUUUGAGCCAGAGAACAUGAUUGUCCUCACCGAUGGAAACUGCGGUUCCACCUGCACCCUGCUCACACACUUCCUGAAGUGGCAGGGCAAAGUCAAGUCAAUCGCUAUUGGCGGGCGAUCGCAGACGGGGCCAAUGCAGACCCUUGGGCAAGUCAAAGGUAGCCAAGUGAUCUACUUCAGCAACCUCAUCGCAAUCACCAAUCUCGCCUAUGAAGUGGCGGACAAUGCCACACUGGAUGCCAUGAAGGGAACCUCGCUCGAGACCAUCUACAAUCUCGGUGACUACGUGACCUUGAGGACUGCAAGCGGCGGCGAAAAGACCAAUGAGAUCUCGUUCAACAUGCGCAACAACAUCGCGGAGGGAGACACCAGCUACACACCGUUGCAGUUCGUGUACGAAGCUGCCGACUGCCGUCUCUUUUACACACCCGAGCACGUGUCAAGCGUGGGUUCCAUCUGGGCCACCGUAGCAGGGCAAGCGUUUGGCACAAACGGCACUAAGCCCUACUCACUGUGUGUCGACGGCAGCACUAAUCACAAGAGCAGCUUGAGUGGCAACGCCACGCUGUUCAAUGAUGGCAAUCCUACCAACGUCACCGAUUUCAUUCCGGACGUCACGGGCGGCACUGACAGCCAGAACAGUAGCAGUCAAGAUGGGACAGGGUCCGGCGAUGGCAGCAAAGCGAACGGUGCGGCUACAUUUCACGUUGACGGCAUUUAUGCCCUGUGCGUUGCUGUAUUUGCGGCCCUGGUGGCGUUCUGA